CCCUGCCCCACAUUACAUUUCAAGGCUUGCAUUAUAUUUUGAGAUUUAUGAAUACCAGUACUUCUUUAAUGGGAGGGGAUGAAUUGGAUUUCUGUGUUUGCUGUGGUAUCAAAGGGUAUCCAACAUUGUAAAAUUGUGUUAUAUUAAUAUAACAUACAAAAGUUCUAAUAUCAUAACAUCCCUAAUAUCAACAGAUGGUGCCGAGUCAUAAUGGUGUGUCGUAAAGGCAUGACACACUCCCUGAGACUGUUUCAUAUCUGGUCACCUGGUAUGAAGAUUGAUUACUUACUCUGCCCAUGUGGUCUCGGUGAAUUACUUGACUUAGCUUCUUUCUUAACUGAUGAGGACAUAGAAAAAUGGGACUUAAAUGUGUUACAUUUGUAUUGCACUUCUGAAUUAAUUAAACCCUGUGUUCUUUACAGAGAAAAAGAAGAAGAUGCCAAAAAUGUAUCCUGCUGGCCAAAAGAGUUUACAGAAAGAAUCUCAACGUGAAGAGGAUGUCUCUGAAAAGAGGAACAAAAGAAAGGGUAGGACUAACAUUCAGAGACCCCGCAAAAUUAUAAACUGUAUCAAAGUGAAAGACUGUAAUCCUCAAUAUAUGGGCCCAGAUGAAGACUUAAACAGAUUGGGCUCCAGUUUGGGCAGACGCUGCUACUUGAAGGACAGUAAUGCUCACAAGCCGUCAGAAUCCUCAAAGACUAACACAGUGAGGCCUGAGAAGAAAUUGUGUCCAAAUCAAACUGGAGAAGAUUUUCAAGAGAAUGACAACUUGUCCUCUCUUCAGGGUCGUCCACAAAUUAAACAACCUGAUAAGAACAGGAAGAAACUGGCAUCUGCAACAAAGGACUUGGUAACGGCCUCUCAGCACCCUAGAUUUCAGCCCAUUGUGAAGCUAACAAGGAUUGAUGCCAUCAAAUCUCAAGGAGUGUACAAUCUAAAUCCAAUCCGCCAACAGUGUGUGAGAACAUUUAAAUACAAAUUGAAUUCUAAGGAUAAUGGAGGGAUUCAUGGGAGUAAGAAGCCAUAUCACUGUCCUGAAGGUGGGAAACAAUUCUCAGAUAGUCACAUGCCUAAGAAACGCAGAGAAGAUAAUACAGGGAAGGAGCCAUACCACCGUUCUGAAUGUGUUAAGAACUUUUCAAAAUGCAGCCAUACCACAACUCCCAUUGUAGAGAAACCAUAUUUGUCUAAACGUGGCAAACGAUUCUCACAAGUGAACCACCUUGAGACACACAUGAUUGGUCAUGGAGGACAGGGUUUAUUUCGUUGUUUACCACAUGCUGGACAUUCCUUUGACAAGAGCAGUCUUUUCAAACACAAAAGAAUUAACACUGGAGAGAAACCAUAUCGUUGUUCUGAAUGUGGCAAACGGUUCUCAAAAACAGGCCAUCUUCAGACACACAUGAGAGUGCACACAGGAGAACAGCCAUUUUCCUGUUCAGAAUGUGGCAAACGGUUCUCACAAACAGGCCAUCUUCAGACACACAUGAGAGUGCAUACAGGAGAACAGCCAUUUUCCUGUUCUGAAUGUGGCAAAUGGUUCUCACAAAUAGGCCAUCUUCAGACACACAUGAGAUUGCACACAGGAGAACAGCCAUUUUCCUGUUCUGAAUGUGGCAAACAAUUUUCAGAUAGCAGUAAUUAUCACAGGCAUUUAAGAGUUCACACUGGUGAGAAGCCCUAUUGCUGUCCUGAAUGUGGCAAAAGAUUUUCCGACACAGGCAGUCUAAUGCGUCAUGCAGAAGUCCACAGUAAAGACCGUCCUUAUGCCUGUUCUGAAUGUGGCAAGAAAUUCUCACGAAGAUGCAGUCUUCGUAGACAUAUAAGAACACACAUUUGAUAGAGGCCAUACUCGUUUCCUGAUUGUGACAAGCUAUUCACCGAUAACAGCAGCCUUCAUAGACACAAAAGAAUUCAUUCUGGAUUACGGCCAUAUUGUUGCUCUGAAGGUGGCAGGCGAUUCAUAAAACCCUGCAGCCUUCAGCGACACGUAAGAACUCACAGAGGAGAAAAGCCAUACCGUGGCUCUAAGUGUGGAAAAACAUUCAUACAGAAAACUCAUCUUCA